AUGGCGCACCAAGCGACCGACAAUGAUUUGGAGUCAUGGAAUCCGGCAUUACGGCCUGAGAACAAUAACUCUUCUGCCACGAUGAGCUCGAUUCAGGGUAGUUUGUCGGAUCCGAUUGCGGCGGAUGAGCCAAAGGACAAGUCCCUAGACGAUAUCGUGUCUCCACAGAGUGAGGAUUUCUCUGCCUGGGAUAUGUCGGAUGAGGUAGACGCGAUUCAGCCUCAAUACACGAGCUUGGACGUGCUAGUGAACAAUGCAUCACCAGUGGUGGACCAGGCUGUGUGCUUAGACACUGAUUCCAUCGAUAAGAAGAGUCAAAAACCCGAUGAGAAUAUUGAAGCGGCUCAUACAACUAUCGCGCCAUCUAUUGAGAAUGCAGAUACCGCCCUAAACCCGACCCUGCCAGAAACGCAGCCCACGCAGCCAGUUCAGACCGAAGCACCUCCAGAUCAAUCUGGUGCGGAGGCUAGUAAUAGUUUCUUCACCACUAUUGACGGGCCAGCCUCCGUUCAAACCGAAACCUUUGAUACCGUUCCAGCUGUCGCGCUUGAACAAGAAACCACAGAGUCGACAUUUGUGAGAGACGCUACACCUUCGAUAGAGGAGCAAACAACGGCACCAGAAACUACGUCGGAAACUCUCAAACACGAAUACACCACUCAGCCCACCCCAACUGAAGAACUGUUCCCACAAGCAGACGAGGGGAAUACAUAUUCUGAGGAUCCAUGGGCCACCUUUGAGAAGGGCCUUAGCAAUACUCUGCCCUCCAGCGAAGAGGCUACCCCUCUUAACAAAACUUCCCAUACUAUCCCAGAGUUUGUCUCAACCUCUACUCAAAUCCAGGGUAGCGAUGAGCCAAAGUUUGUUGAAGAAGCUGUUCGUCCAUCGCCAGAGGAAACGGCAUUUACGGGUGCGACAUUUGACGAGGAGAGGACUGAUAUCUUCAACUCCACUGAAAAUACUAUCGCUUCGACCGAAAAUGGGGAAGCUGAUCUCGUGUCUCGCUCGAUAAAUGUUGAAUCUGAGAAUACCGACCCACCAGCUCCUAUCGUGGAGGCCUUUACGCCGACUAACGAGGCCCAUCCAGAUUCAGCCGCAGCGGACGUGUAUACCGCCACUCAGGAUCAACCUUUCUGGACAGGCGAGUCGAGCGGUGAAGUCGACUCUGGCGAGGACGACUUUUUUAAUCAACUCAACAGCCAGACAAAGCCUAUCUUUGCGCCACCAGAAGCCGAGUCUAGGUUCGAGGAAGGAGUCCCAUUGUUAGAUGAGUCUACACCGGCUUCGCCUCAACGCCCACUGGAAGAAGAUAAAUCUAUCGACAACGUAUUUUCCAACGACGAGGACGAUGCAGAUGGCUUCUUCAGCUCGGCUCCAAAGCUAGAAGACAAUAACGGCGAUGAGGAUUUCUUCGGCUCUACCUCAAAGGAAGAGGCCGAGGAGCAACCAGUUGUUCAUUUCGCCCGAAAGAGCACGUCUCAGGUCUUGGAAUCGGCUAGCUUUGCUCUUGACUCCCCGGUUAGUGACGCCUCGGCUGCAGCGCAGUUUGAUGAUGCACUGAAGGCUGCAUCGUUGGAGCCCCAAACAACAGCCGACCCCUCGGAGGAAGAGCUAGCGGCACGGUGGGAAGCCGAGUUAGCCGAUUCACCGGAUGAUGAUCUGGCGGCUCGCUGGGAGGCGGCAUUGGACGAUGACGAUAUACUGCUGGAAACUGAAGCCGUUCAGCCUGCCUCUGCACAGGAGUAUAUCGAUCAAAGCCAUAUUCAGCCUACGCACAAUGGUUUGUCGGCUGGCUUUAACAGUCCGCUCCAGACUCCUCAGGCCGUUUCUCAGCCAAGGCCUGUUUCCAACAUAUACACACCCCAUCAACCGUCCACUGGUGACCUAUUGCAGGGUGUUCCUCUUCCAGGAACUGCCCCGCCAGCCACUGGAGCGAUGCCAUCAUAUUUCUCGCAGCCACCGCAGAACCCUGUGGCAACCCGGGGAGAGAGCUUUGCUGAACGGUCAAAAGAGGGCUAUAAAUCUCCUUAUGACCUUCCGGAUGAUAUCUCCCGACCCCGAAAGCCGGUCGCUACCCACAAGCCUGUUCCUCCAACAGUGACUAGUAUGCUUCCACCUCCUCCCCCAGGUGUUUCUGGCGUACCGAUUCCGGCUGCUGGCUUCUCCACUCCGGGAGCUCCCCCGUCAUCUGUGUCCGCUCCUCCUGCGCCGAAGAAUUUCUACGAGGAACUUCCUCUGGGGCCGCCAAGGUCUCGGCCUGCCAGCUCAGGUCGGUACACCCCUAAUCCGCAGGCGGUGUCAACGAUGACCGGGUCAUCUCUUCCUCCCCCUCAGGUCCAAUAUCCUCCUGCCGCACUGCCUCCCCCACAGCAUAUCGCACUCCCAAUUCAAUCCACACUUCAGCCACCUGAACAGCUGGAUCCGUAUGCUAGUCUAGCAUCGAGUGCCCCGGCCGGACCCCCUGCCAUUGCAAGGUAUUCUCCUCAACCUCCUGGCUUGCAAGCACCCCCAAAGCCACCUUCGUUACCGAGAUAUUCCCCUGCGCCCCCUCCUACCUCUUCUGUUCGCAACCGUUAUGCCUCACAGCCACUUAAUGUUCCUGGCCAAAAUUUGCCUUUCCAGCCACGGACUUCAAGUCCGCUUGCACACCAUGAAAAGAUUUCUUACCAGCCUGAUCAAUCACACAAGCCACCAUCUCUCGAGCCUGCAAUCAAUCUAUCUCCGCCGCGCGGGCAAGGAGCUAGCUUUGGACAAUUCCCACCUAGUGCUCCACAAUAUCUCAAUGGUCCUGCCAGCCUGCCGCGGAGAGAAAGUGCAGGCUCACCUGUCCAGCCAUCUCCGCCUCAAAGUCGCUACGCUCCUCAGGAAUAUCUCAAUGAAUUUGCCCAGCGUCUCGCGCCGGCUCAAGAACACGCCCCCCCUGCUCCCGCGACGAAUGUAUAUAUGUCUCCACCCCCUAGCGAUAUCCAGAUGGGUCCACUUCGCAGGUCCCAGACUCAGUCACCUGGCCGGGACUUGACGAGCCCGCGUUCGUACGGACAGAACAUCGACGCUAUCCAACGGCCGGCUUCGGUGCAAGUUUCAGGCUCGCCGACUAAAACCGUGAAUCCGUAUGCUUCUGUGCAGGCUACUUCUCAAACCCGCGCUCCAACCCAGUACCUGGAAUUUGUCGUCCCGAAUGAUGGACAAGAGCAUGAUCCUCUGGAGCGAUGGAAGGGUGCUCCGAUCUUCAAAUUCGGGUUUGGCGGAUCUAUCGCAUCUUGUUUCCCUAGGCACAUUCCUCGCUACUCCGCUGGACAAGUGGCGCCAAUGAUUCAACCUACUCUUGGUGAACCGAAAAUAUCCCAGCUGAGCGAAUGGCUGCCCUCUGCUGAUAGCAUUGUCCAGCACCCUGGGCCCCUCAAGGCAAAAUCAAAGAAGAAGGAUUUGAUUGCUUGGCUUUCUAACAAGAUUGCGGCCUUCGAAAAUUCAGACCUUCUAAGCUACGAACAAGUGCAGUCCGAUACGCGCAAACGCCAGGAGGAGAAAACUCUUCUCUGGAAGGUUGUCAAGCUUCUGGUGGAAAAUGAUGGUAAUCUGGAGAGUUCCCCUGAAAUCCAAAAGUCUCUCCGCCAGAUCAUCUUCCCCAACCUACCCAACCCCGAUGCAGACGGAACAUACACCAGCAGCUUAGCCGCCUCGGGAGGGUUUGCUUCUUCGGAAAUGCCUUCGCAGCCUGAUGCGCUUGAUGCACAGUGGUUGGAGGAGCUUCGCCUACACUUGAUCUGUGGUGAUCGAGAGAAGGCUGUCUGGAGCGCUGUCGAUCGACGUCUUUGGGGACAUGCGAUGAUCAUCUCAUCCACCAUGGACAAGUCGAUUUCAAAACAGGUCGCUCAGGAGUUUGUCCGCCGCGAAGUCAGGUCCAAAUCCGCAAACACCGAGUCACUUGCAGCCCUCUACGAAAUCUUUGCUGGAAAUAUUGAAGAGAGUAUUGAUGAACUUGUUCCCCCUUCUGCCCGAGCAGGUCUGCAGCUUAUUAGCAAGGCCGAUGGCCAGGGCUCUACUAAGAAUGCUCUCGAGGGCUUAGACAAGUGGAGGGAUACCUUGGGACUGGUUUUGAGUAACCGAAGUUCUGAGGAUCACCAGGCCCUGUUUUCCCUCGGCCGCCUGUUGACUUCUUAUGGACGGACAGACGCGGCUCACAUUUGUUACAUCUUCUCGCGUGCUGCGGUUUUCGGUGGCCCCGAUGAUCCAAAGGCCAACAUCACUCUCCUUGGUGCUGACCAUCAGCGUUGCCCUUCUUCCUUGAUGGAUGAAGAUGCUAUCCUGCUGACUGAGGCCUAUGAGUAUGCUACGUCUGUUCUCGGUAACUCUCCAACAGCCCAUAUGCCACAUCUUUUGGCCUUCAAGAUCCUGAAUGCCAGGUGCCUCGUAGACCAAGGUCGCAAUCUAGAGGCGCAAGGCUAUUGCGACGCAGUGGCAGCGGCAUUGAAAGCAACCACUCGUCCCUCGCCGUACUAUCACCAGCACCUCUUUGGGGAAGUUGAAGAGCUGUCUGCCCGUCUGCGUCAAACAACCAGUGAUAGUGGCUCUUGGAUCUCGAGGCCAAGCAUGGAGAAGGUCUCGGGGUCCAUGUGGGCUCGUUUCAAUAGUUUCGUGGUAGGCGAUGAUAAUGAUGCUGCAUCGACUGGAUCCGGUAAGGGUGGCGAGCAUGCGGAAUUUGGUCCUUUCGCGAACGUGGCCGGUACCCCCACAAUUAGCCGCUCACCUUCUGUAUCUGACAUCUACGGGUCUUAUCCUGGAGCAGCGGCAGGAGCGCAGCCCAUUCCUACAAGCGGCGCGUCCAAGUAUCACCCAUCGAGCCAAUAUGCGCCCAAUGCCUCGCCUGAGCAGUUCAAGGGCCGAUCUUCAAUGGAUUCUCAGAGAUCUGCUUCCUACUUCCCCCCUGUUGGACAGCGUCGAAGCUCACAAGAACUUUCGCCCUCGAUUGAUCAACAGAUGUCCUAUGGAGCUCCAGUGUAUGGGUCACCAAACGCGACUGGGUACCAAGCAACACCGCCCCAGUCUUCUUACGUUCCUCUUGCUCCGGUAGAAGAAGCUAUGUCACCCACAGAAGCUCCCCCGGCUGCACAGCCUAUGGUGAACGGCUUGUUUUACCAGCCCCCAGGACUAUCCGCCACAUCAAGCGAAUCCCCAUAUUACCAAGGCCCCCCUGGUAUGCCAGCUAGCACAUCAGACUCAGAGUCACCCUACGCGCCUCCCGUUGCCGGCUCGUCUUAUGAGCCGGUUUCUUACGAGCCCAUUUCGGCCGGUGUAGAUAUGGGAUAUGCUGCCCAGGACGAUGAUCUGCCAUCUCCUGCAGAGCAGCCAAAGAAGCAGUCAAUUAUGGAUGACGACGACGAUGAUCUUGCUGCCCGGGCAGCGGCUAUCCAAAAGGCGGAGAAUGAUCGCAAGACAAAUGAAGCGUUCGCGAAAGCCGCCGAGGAAGAUGGUAUGUAUCAACAACGCCUGUCUCUCAGCUCACUUGCUAACCUAUCGUCUGCUGCAGCUAAGAAAGAUGCCCAACAAUCUGGAAAGAAGGGCUGGUUUGGUGGUUGGUUCGGCGGAGCCAAGAAAGAGGAAAACAACUCCGGUGGCGGUCCCAUCAGAGCCAAACUUGGCGAAGAGAGCUCCUUUUACUACGACAAGGAUCUCAAGAAAUGGGUCAACAAGAAAGACCCCGGUAGUAGCACGCCGGUCCAUGCCACCCCGCCCCCUCCCCGAGGAUUCGCUCCCCCUAGUCGAACUGCGAGCUCGGGCAGCAUACCACCAAAUGGUGCACCUCCGAUGCCCCCGAUGUCGGUAUCUGGGAGCCGGCCUCAAUCCUCCUCAACCGCCGCCCCACCUUUCUUGUCCUCCAGCCCAGCCUUCUCUGGUCUUGCACCUCGGUCUGUUUCCACUGGAGCGGCUAUGCCAACACCGCCCGGUAGUUCCAGCGGUCCCCCGCCACGGCCUUCUUCGUCCUUGACUCAUGCCAGCUCAAUCGACGAUUUGAUCGGUGCGCCCCAGGCGCGCAAGGGCAACACUGUUCGCGGCAAGAAGAAGGGUCGUUACGUUGACGUGAUGGCCCAAUGA